GGACAAAAGGGCACUGGACUCAAGAGUUUAAAAACUGAAGUAAUAAACACCGAAAAGCGUUCGGAUAUAGUGGGCGCCGAUUACGGCCAUACGUGGGAAGCGCUCAGACGUGUCGGACAUUCAGCCAUUCAAAAAUAUUCCGGAAGUGAGAAACUGGUGCUAUUGGCGAGUGAUUGUGUCGACCGUACAAUAAAAAUGGUUGUCGAGAAAGAGGGACUCAAUAAACCAUUCAAUCCAUUGCCUUAUAUUUACCAACUAUUCUUCAAUAUAUUAUCUACCAGUGCUUUCGGGAGAAGCUAUGAUAUGAAUGAUAAAGAAUACAAACAACUUAAAUAUGUUAUGAAAGAUAUGAUACGAGAAAAUGGGAUCCAAUUUAUAAUCUUACAAUUCGUGCCAAUCAUGAGAUAUGUGUUCAGAGGUGCGGCUAAUAAACAGCAAAAAGUUAUCAAUGAGAUGAUAGAUAUGUUGAGCAAUAAGUUUAGCAAACAUUAUGUCGAUUACGAUGAGUCCGUUUGCCGUGACUUUUGUGAUGCACUCAUAACCGCUAAGAAUGAGGCCCUCAGAGAGGGUAAAGAGUCGGCCCCUUAUCUCACCGAUGAUAACCUGGCUUUAGUUGUAUUUGAUCUGUUCCUCGCGGGCACCGACACCUCGCAAAUGACUUUCCAAUGGCUCCUAUUAUUCCUCUCGUAUUACCCUUCAGUGCAGCGAAAGUUGAGACAAGAGAUUGAGACACAAAUCGGAGACCGAAUGCCAACACAUGAGGACAGGAAUCGAUGCCAUUAUGUCAUGGCUUUCAUCUCUGAGACAAUGAGACUGCGAAAUCGAAAGUUGAGACAAGAGAUUGAGACACAAAUCGGAGACCGAAUGCCAACACAUGAGGACAGGAAUCGAUGCCAUUAUGUCAUGGCUUUUAUCGCUGAGACAAUGAGACUGCGAAAUGUAGUUCCUUUAGGUGUUCCCCAUAAAGCAGUGGUACAAAUGCAAAUCGGCGACUACACCAUUCCCAAGGGAACGGGAGUCGCCCUCUUUCACGACGAGAUAUUGACGGAUGAAAAGUAUUGGGAAAAUGGCGACCAGUUUACACCCGAGCGCUUCCUAGACAGUGAGGGCCAGUACAUGACUACCCGUCCCCUGGCAUUCAUCCCGUUCGGUGUGGGACGACGUGUUUGUUUGGGCGAGAAGUUAGCCAUCGCUGACCUCUUCCUAGUUUUGGUCAGAUUUCUGCAGUCGACUCAAGACUACGACCUAAUACUCGGCCGUAACUCCGGUAUAGAUACUGACCCGGAUAUAGUGGAGAGUAAUAAUCCAAAAGGAUAUGAAAUUAUUUUAAGAGAAAAGGUUAAA